AGUUGCUAAUUCAUGGAUGAAUUUGGUAGCUUUGAGAGCCCUGACCCUCAUAAAUGUCUCUUACCUAUUCCCAACCAUUUAAAUGCAUGUCUUACCAGCAUUUCAUUCCCGAGCAAGCUUUUCCUUAUCCUCCUUUCCCAGAGCUGAAAGUUCUCCUUGCUUAACUAGAGUGUCAUUUUGGUGUAAAAGAGGUUUCUUGCUGAUUUUUGCUGCAAUGGGAGGUCUUGGAAUUGGUUUUUUUAUUAUAGUAAUAAGGAAAACUUCAUUUGCUGCGUUCACUUGCAUUGUUGCAUUAGGAGGGGCUGUGGUGGGAAUCAUAGUAGGAGCAAUGAAAGGGCAUACAACGGAAACUGGGUUUGUCCGUGGAGCUGGAAUAGGCGCCGUGGCAGGUGCCAUCACAGCAGUUCAGUUGCUGGAAUCAAUGGUUGAUGGGGAGUCCUUGUCCAAGCUUGCCCUCUUGGGUAGCUUAGUAAGUGGGAAGAUUUUCAUGGAAUGGGUAAGUCCAGCAGUGCUCAAAGCCUAUCAAUAUCAAAUGAAUUCACUAGAAUCUACCUAUAGAGAAAUGUCAGACAUAUAUGAUGUUAGUGGGGUUAAGGGGUUGUCCAAAACAAGAAUCCAACAGCUUCCAGCAUCUGUAUAUCAAUAUACCUGCGAAAACAUGGAAACACAGGAUGAAUCUUCUUGUUCCAUCUGCUUACAGGAGCUGAAGGAUGGAGAGUUGGUGAGAAAGCUUCCAAAUUGUGGGCACUUCUUUCAUUUGGAGUGCAUAGAUGGAUGGCUAAUCAGGCAGGGGUCAUGUCCAAUAUGCAGAGAACAUGUUUUCAAUAAUCCAGAGGAAGAGGCAUUGUAAAUUUUGCAAACUCUGAAAACACCAGUAAAGAUAAAAAAAAAUAAAAAAAGGUGGUUGGUUUUUCCCUAACAUAAAUGAAUGCCAUUAAAAAAUGUGCGUCUCUCUCCCAUUCUAUCUUGGUAUGGAAUUUUAUUUUAGAUUGGAUAUUUUGUAACAUAUUUAUUUAUGUUGGUAUUGAAGAAUUCUGAAGAAAUUGUUUCCGACAAC